AUGAAAACUGCCUUUUGUUACCGAGUGUUUGAGGUCUUUGUUUUACAAUAUGGAGUUCUCGUGGGUGCCUAUUUAUUUUCCAAUGCUCUCAUAUCAGCCAAUCUCGAAUAUACUCGACAACAAGUAGACGCAACACAAGCUCGUGUGAAAAAUAGUGAAAAAACGAAAUUUAUUGCCAAUUUGAGUCAUGAAGCGAGAAAUCCACUGCAUUGCAUUAUGGGAAGUUUACAAAUUUUGAAUCAUCAUUUUGAGGGUGAGACAUGUAGUGGUGCCUGUAAACACUGUUUCUUUAACAAUUCUGCCAUUAGUGAAAUCAUUGGAGAUAUUAAUGAAAAUGCAUCUCUUCUUCUUCAUAUUCUUUCAUCGUCGUUACAAAUGAGUUCUCUCGAGAUGGGAAAGAUCAAACCUAAGAGUGAAGUCUUUAAUUUGAAGUUCUUGUUGGACUCUCUGGUGGGUGUCUUUGCUCAAUUGGCUCAUGAGAAAAACAUUUCUCUUCAUUCGUUUUUUAAUGUGGCACAAGUUCCUCAAUUUUUCAAAGGUGACUCUGUACGAUUGAUUCAAGUCAUUAUGAACAUUAUUUCCAAUGCAGUGAAAUAUACCAAACAUGGUUAUGUGCGAGUGAAUUGUAAUUUAGCAAACGAACAAGAUUUGAAAGAUUUUUAUGAGAGAGAAGAGAACAUUUUUAACAUGUGUCAAGGCUUGUCGAAUUCAACAAGUUCACCAUUCACAUUUGUCAAACUAGAGUUUAUUGACACAGGCUGUGGAAUUUCACCACAAGAAAUUGACAAUUUGUUCCAACCUUAUCGAAUUGUUGAACAAAAAAGUGAUGAUCAUAAUUUCACUUGGAUUUGA